AUGAAAACGAGUGGGGAGAAUGAUUCCAGCAUAACAAGCGGCAAUUCCAUACGAAUAAUAUGUUAUGAAUCAGAAAUAUUUGAAACAUUUCAGUACACAGUGGAUGAUAUGCUUUUAGCUGCAAGCAUGGCAGCAACGGUUUUUAAUGUGAUGGUUACAUUUUGCGCUGCGAAAUUAUUCCGGAAAAGUGGCGAUACUAUGCAUUUGUUCAUUAUUAGUAUGACGCUUGGUGAUUUGCUACUGACAGUGUUCUGUCAUCCGAAUGAAUUUCUAACGCGAAAACAUGAAUUUUUGCGGAAUGAUCUAUUAUGCAUGAUAAUUCAUUUCUGCAACUGGCUGGGGCUUGCUGUAUCAGGACUCUCACUUACAAUGCUCAAUAUAGACAAACUAAUCUACUUUCAAUGGCCUUUGAGCUACGAUCGGGCUAUGUCGAAGAAUAGAGCCAUAAUUUUCUGUACAGCAAUAUGGAUGACUGAUAAGAAGCGUUAUUUCUAUGAAUUCUUCAUGGUUGUUUUUUGUGUUUUACCGGUCACAUCAUCAGCAAUCGUUAGUGGUUACCUUUAUCGCCUGACGAGAGAGAAAAGAAAUGCCUCAGUGCGAUCUCUUGUUUUUAUUUUUGCAACAACUACUUGGACAUCAUUUAGUCUCCUUCCAUAUAGAAUUUUCAAUAUUUGUCGUAUUCAUUUGUUUGAGUGGAAUACCAUCGAAUGUGUUCCUCGACAACAAUUACAUUGGUUGGCAUGGACUCUGCUUUAUCUUCUUACUUUGAAUCCGAUUAUAAAUCCUUUGAUAACGGCUUUGAUUUAUACACCAUAUCGACUAACUAUCAAGAAAUUCCUUAUCAAUAUUCCUAUUGGAAAUCGACCAAUUUAUAAUUAUCGGACAGAUGUUUGCACAGAUACGAGGUUCCGUUCAUUGAUUUUUCUAGUAAACUUUUCUUGA